AUGAUGUAUGACCUGGAAACCUCUCUCCAGAAGCUCUGCAAUGACUGCAGCAUCACGCUUCCUUAUUGGAAUUCAUUCAGAGAAGCAGGAAACAUCUGGGGUUCCAAGACAUGGGCGCCAAAUAGAUAUGGCAAUCCUUUCGGGGUCUCCGGAUAUAAAGCCCAAUGGUGCUAUGAUUAUGGUUGGACCCAGUGUGUGGUAGAGGGCAUUGGCAAGGGCUUCACCAUGAAUCCGCAUGCAGACAAGUCGUCAUGCAGCUUGUCCCUGCCGAGAGGGGACCGUGUAUUGCUGAGAUGGACUGGGUCUUCAAAUCUACCGCGACUUGUGCCUGACGAGUAA